AGAAUUAAAAUGUACAAGUGUUUACAGAUCAAUAGAACGAUUGGGUAAAACAGCUUUACUAGUACCCUGCUGUUUUACCCAGCAUGAUAUAAAUUAUAAAGAAGAAAUGAUACCAUUUAAGCCAAUAAGAGGAUGCUUGUACAUUCAAUCGCAUAUUUAA